AUGUUAUUCUUCCCCCUCCCCCUCCCGCGUCGACGCGUCUCUGUGCGCCUACCCGCGACCGCCCUGACCGGUCAUCAUCUGUCCCGGUGGCAGAGCACGACCGGCCGCGCAUCCACGUCCAAUACACCCAAGGUGAUACCGGACCGCAUGACUGUCCUCCCUUCACGCCAACUGUCCGCCCUACUGGACGACAUCGUCCCGUCCACCGCGACCGUCGACGCCGUCGGCAGCAGGCCCGUCCUGCCCCCGGGCGCACACCUCGUCUACUUUCCCCCUCUGGUGGGCGCAUCGCGUCUGGCCCCCGACGGGGCGGAGGCAGACCACGUGCCACCCGGAUUCCCGAUAGACACUCUACGGGAGGAAGAACAGGGUAAGGCUCCGCCGUCGUUGCCGGGUCGCAGACUCUGGGCCGGAGGGGACGUCGUCUUCCACCCCGGCUGGACGGAUCGUCUCCUCCUCGACGGACGCGCCUGGACGUGCACCGAGACGAUCGGGCGUGUUGACGAGGGCGGCGACAAGAGCGUGGUCGACAUCGUCCGACGCUAUGGCCGGCCUGGGGACGGGGUACCCGACAUCUCCGAGACCAGGACGCUGGUCUUUGUGCGCGGUGGCAGCAGCACGCCAUCAUCUCGUGUUGUAAAGUUCCCCCGCCAACCGACGGCUUCACACCCAUUUUCCGUAUCUCACACACACCUCUUCCACUUCUCGGCCCUCACUUACAACGCCCACUUCAUCCACCUCGACCGCAGUCCCGCCGCCCUGGUCCACGGCCCGCUCCUGUUGGCCAUGAUGCUACGCGCGCUCGGCCGUUCCGACGCACACUCCGAGACGACUGUACAGUCCAUUUCGUAUCGCAACCUUGCCCCCCUGCACGUCGAUCAACCGGGUAGGCUAUGCGUGCGUGGCCCCGAGCCCGACGCCGGCAACGUGUGGGAUAUCUGGGUCGAGGGACCCGGAGGCGGCAUGGUGGCGAGGGGGAGGGCACACAUGGACAGUCCCCCGUGA